CAAGAUUCUCUCAUAUCUUUUCCCCGACUUCCCCAAUGAAUCCUCUUGGCCUUUAUCAAUACUCUAUCUCACCACCUAUAUAUUUGACCUCUUCCCUUGUCUUUCCCAUCCAUUAUUCAUUCACUCUUCUCUUUUGAUCUUGCUUCUCUCUCCAUCAAACACACUCACUCUAGUUGUUUUGUUCACUUCAAACUUAAACAUCAUGCUACUCCCUCAUCCAUCAAUGCUAGUUGCACCUCAAAACACCAUAGAAAAUGACAGACCAAACUUUGAUGGACCCUUGAUGCUAAACCAAUCCAACAUACCCUCUCAGUUCAUAUGGCCUGAUCAUGAGAAGCCAUGCCUAGGAGCACCAGUACUCCACAUGCCACCCAUUGACAUGAAGGGUUUUCUCUCAGGAGAUCCACAAGUUGUAUCUACUGUUUGUGCACAAGUGAAUGAGGCAUGCAAGAAGCACGGCUUCUUCCUUGUUGUCAACCAUGGUGUGGAUACCAAGCUCCUGGCUCAGGCUCAUAAGCUCAUAGAAGAAUUCUUCUCCAUGCAACUGCCAGAUAAGCAGAAGGUUCAGAGAAAACUUGGAGAACAUUGUGGUUAUGCUAAUAGCUUCAUAGGAAGAUUCUCCUCCAAACUUCCUUGGAAGGAAACACUUUCUUUCCAUUAUUCUGAUGAUAAAUCCAAAAAAACUGUGGAGGACUAUUUUGUAAAUGUCAUGGGGGAAGACUACAGGCAAUUUGGGAGAGUGUUCCAAGAAUACUGUGAAACCAUGAGCAAUCUCUCACUUGAGAUCAUGGAGCUUCUGGGGAUGAGCCUAGGAGUUGGAAGGGAAUGUUUCAGAGAGUUCUAUGAAGGAAAUGAGUCGGUUAUGAGGUUGAAUUACUACCCACCAUGCCAGAAACCAGAGCUAGCUUUAGGAACUGGACCUCAUUGUGACCCUACAUCCCUAACCGUUCUCCACCAAGAUCAAGUCGAGGGCCUCCAAGUCUUUGUCGAUGGAAGAUGGUACUCUGUCGCUCCUAAAGAAGAUGCUUUCGUUGUCAACAUUGGCGACACAUUUAUGGCUCUAUCAAAUGGGAUUUUCAAGAGUUGCUUGCAUAGAGCAGUUGUGAACAACAAGAUUGUGAGAAAAUCACUAGCUUUCUUCUUAUGUCCAAAUAAAGACAAAGUGGUUACCCCUCCAAAGGAAUUAAUCACCAUCGAGAAUCCAAGAACAUACCCAGAUUUCACUUGGCCAAGUCUUCUUGAGUUCACACAGAAACAUUACAGGGCAGACACAGACACUCUUGUUGCUUUCUCGAGGUGGCUAGAAGAGAAAAACAACUGAACAGGGUUGCCCGCACACCUGUUCCAUGGCCAAAAGAACUAUAAACCGAGCUUUAACUUCUACCUGUUUGAGUGAGGAAGAUGACAUCAUAUAAAGUGAAAGAGGGUUGCUUUCGGUGGGUCGAAAAAGAUAACGGAAACAUCAAAAAAAAAAAAAAAAAAGGGCUACUUAGUGUUGGGAGAAUCGUAUUUGAGCAAAUGGAAGAAGCUGAGGCCAUAUUCGUAGGAAUAAAGAGUUGAUUUGUGUAGUGAAGUUAUUCGAUGUUGUCACUACUAAUGCAUUAUUAGUUGUCUUUAACUUUCUUGUAACUGUGUUAUGCAUGUAUGUACAACCUUUAAUUAGUAAUAAAUUGCCUUGCAUGUUUGUUGUGUCA